AUGAAAUCGACGAGAAGAGAGUAAGCCCUAGCAAGCACAGUAGCUCCGUCGAGAGGAGAAGCCGCGUCUACAAGAUGACUGUCAAACGCAGGAACGGUGGCAGGAACAAGCAAAACCGAGGCCACGUCAACCCAAUCAGAUGCUCCAACUGCGGCAAAUGCUGCCCAAAGGAUAAGGCCAUUAAGAGGUUCAUCGUGAGGAACAUUGUGGAGCAAGCUGCCAUUAGAGAUGUUCAGGAAGCCAGCGUCUACGAUGGGUACGUAUUGCCGAAGCUAUAUGCGAAGACGCAAUACUGUGUCUCCUGUGCGAUCCACUCUCACGUCGUCAGAGUCCGAUCCCGUACCAACCGCAGGGUUCGUACUCCUCCGCCGCGUUUUGCCAGACGCAAGGAGGAUGCCCCAAAGCCUGGACAACCAGGGCAGGCCCCUCGUCCUGCUGGAACUGGAGCUGGAGCUGCACCGCGUGUCUGAAGAGCCAUCAAGCAGCUUUCUCUUACUACUUUACAGAUUAUUUCUGAAUGCUGGCAAACUAUUUUAGUAGUUGCUUCAACAUUGAUUUUGCAUUCUAGGCUCAAAUGAUCUUACAUUGCAAUUCAGCAUCCUUAAAACUAGUGGGUGCUAUUUUCCAUAAUUUUGGUUCUAAUCUACACGUAAUUCUGGCGAAAAGCUUGCUGUUGAAUUGUGAGCCAAAUUUACACUAGAUUUCCUAUGCAUAAUAUAUAUAGUUAAGAAAAUCACUGUCAGCUGGGAUCAAUGUCCAUUAAACUUGAAUCACAAUCAAUGCGAUAAAAAUGACGAAAUA